UUCACAUUUUUGUUUGAGUUGAUCGAAUGUGCAAACAGAUGUGUAUGGAAUAAUUAGUUUUCCGAGGGCUUGCGAGCCGUUUCCUUUAUGCUGGUGUAGACAAGUUAGCCUUCGCAGCCAUGGGUCGGCGAACAACGGGCAGCACGAAGGGCGGGCGCUUCAUGAACCCGACAGACCAAGCUCGCAAGGAGUCUCGUCGUCGGGAAUUGAAAAAGAACAAGAAGCAGCGGCAGUUUGUUCGUGAGUCAGUGUUGCGGUCGAAAGAUCCUUCAGAGGUUCUGGAGGAGUUGGAGCGUCUGGAGCAACUUGAGUUACAAGCUGGCCCGCUCGCUUUACCCAAUGAAACAUCCAUCAAGGAGAAGAAAAAGCGACUCGAGGAAACAAUAGAGCGCAUGCUUGCCUUCUAUCACAAGUCUUUGCCAGAGAAAUAUCCAGAGCUGAAAAAGUCACUGGCGGAAAGCCAAGAGCGGCGGCAGGCGGUCAGGGACAGCUUUGCGCAAGCUGAACUUCAGAAGAAUGCUGACCCCACCAAUAUACCACUGCCAAGCGGCGGGCCUCUUCUGCUGCCCAGUGAAAUCCCACUGCCAGGACAGGAGGGAGCAAGACUUGCGGAAUUAGCUGCAGCAGGUGGUUCUUCCACGUACCGAGUCCCUGAGCUACCCGGUCCCCCGCCCGGUCCACCCCCGGGGCCACCACCAACAAAUGCCGAGAGAAUUCCCCACUGGCUCCCUCCACCUGGCUUUGAAGUGGCGCCAUGGGAUGCCAAUGCGAUGGACGGAGAAGAAGACCAGGGCGUGGAUUAUGAGGCACCGUCACCGCUCCCAGAAGGGGAACCUCCUCUUCGACCACCCGGCACAGAACCCUUCGAGCCUCUGACUGCAACUGACCCUGCAGAAACUCAGAAGAGGAGAAAGAAGAAAAAGAAGAAGAAGAUACCAGGCGAUGCAGCAGCAGCGGCACAGCAGCAGCAGCAAAGUGAAAACCAGCCCACUGGUUUACAAGCCACGCUGCUCCGGCUUGCUGGCCAGAGUGCUGCACCGGCUGGUUCGAACGCACCUGCAGGUGGUGAGGAGAGAAUGUCAGAUGAUUCAAGUGGUAGUGAUGACGAUGAGGAAGACGGUAGUGACAGCGGCUCAGAUUUAUCUGGUGAAUCAGAAUACGAGCCAGACAGUGAUUAUGAGGAAGCUGCGGGAGGUGAGAAGACAACUGCUGGUGGUGAAAAUGGCCAGGAAAAUGGCGGUCGUCAGCCGCAAUCAGUACGUCCACCAGGUAUGCCGCCGUUCGCACCACCCGGUCCACCCCCGGGACGGCCACCAGGGCCGCCGAGGGGCUUGCCCCCCGGGCCUCCUCCGGGCUUGCCCCCGCACAUGCGUCCUCCGCCCGGUCCGCCGCCGGGACUGCCGCCGCACAUUCACGCGCCAAUGCCGCCGCGCAUGCCAGGCGGCAUGCGUCCGCCACCUCCGCCUCGCAUGCCUCCGCCGCCUCCUGGCAUGCCACCGCCUCGCUUACCGCCCCCGCCGCGUGGCCCCGUACCACCCAUGGGCAUGCCCAUGCCCCCGCCGCCAAUGCCUGGUGUAGCUGCCACUAUAUCAGCGCCAGCCAAGGUGGCGGCCGGUGCUACCAUCUCGGCACCUGCGCAGCUCACGGGCGAUGACAAGGCAGCCGAAGCAUCCGGUCCUGUCAUUCGCUCAGCGCCGCAGAUCAAGAGCUUCGGCAGCUCAACCCAAUUCGUUCCAUCUGCUCUGCGUGCGCGUAUGGGUGCACCCGGGAAGAAAUCCGACGCAAAUGCUACAGCGGCCGUGGCCUCGGAAGCACCCGAGCAUCCUUCUGUCAGUACUCAGACGAAGAAGGCAGUGUCAUCAGCUGCAGCAAAGGAUGAUGCGUACGAUCAGUUUAUGAAUGAGAUGCAAGGACUUCUGUAACCAGAGGGUGCCGGUGCCAUCUCUGCUCGGAAUGUGUUUUGCCUGGAACUACGUUGUACAUAGUUUGUGUUGGGAUGAGCCAGUGAGCGUGUGGUGAUGUGUUGUGCAUGGACUUGCACACACGUGUGUGUGUGUGUGUGUGUGUGUGUGUUCCUGUAUCCGUUCGUUUGCCGAUUGUACAUAGCACAGAAUUUCGUCAUGCUGUCUCUACUAUCUAUGCUGAGCUGUAUGUACAUUGCCGUGUGUGCGUGUGUGUGUGUGGGUGCGUGUGUGUGCGUGCAUGCAUUUGUGUGUGAUGGAUAUGUUUAGCUAUUCCAUGGGCUGUUGAAAUACACAUACCCACUUUUUUGUGUUCGUUAUCAGUCCCACAUCAGAGCACACUUAGUUUUACAAUUUUUUUAGUAAAAUUAUAUAAAAUAUGA